AGCAACACUUCUAACGGGGGAGUUGGGACUUGAAAAUCAAGCUAUUCAUAUUCCUCUCUAUGGACAUAACGCGGCGAGCCAUGACCAGCGCCUCCCACUCCUCUCCCAAGCCAUUAAGCAAGAUAGCAUGCAAUCGACUCCAGAAAGAGUUAGUGGAGUGGCAAGUUAAUCCUCCUGCUGGUUUCAACCUUAAACCCUCCGAUAAUCUUCAAAGGUGGGUGAUCGAUGUGAAUGGUGCUCCUGGAACGCUGUAUGCUAAUGAAACUUAUCAGCUUCAAGUUGAUUUCCCAGAACAUUAUCCUAUGGAAGCUCCCCAGGUGAUAUUUGUGCCUCCAGUUCCCAUGCACCCUCAUAUCUAUAGCAACGGGCACAUUUGUUUAGAUAUUUUGUAUGACUCGUGGUCGCCUGCCAUGACUGUUAGUUCUAUAUGCAUUAGCCUUCUAUCCAUGCUGUCAAGUUCAACUGCGAAGCAACUCCCUGACGAUAAUGAUCGGUAUGUAAAGAACUGUAGAAAUGGCAGAUCACCAAAGGAAACCAGGUGGUGGUUCCAUGAUGAUAAGGUGUAACAAGUAUAAUUCGACACUCAAGGCAACAUUAUAACUCGAUUGCAUACUUGAAAUCAAAUGCUAUAGAAAAUUUUCUGAAUAUCCAGGAUCGUUGCCUGCACAUGGUACGUGUGUGCAAAUCGGCCUUUCCUGUCCAUUAGUUGUAAAUGAAGAUGGUUUCUUUAUGUGCUGCAUGUGAAAGAUAUUAUGUACCAUAAGUUAUACACUGCAGUCUCAAUAAUACCUCACCAAGAAUCUUUCUGGUAACAGCAAUAAGUUAGCACUCAGAAUAAUGUAUUGUUUCUGGUUAUUUAUCUUACUGAGGAAUAAGUUUGUCUCAGUUAUGCC